AUGACUGCCAUUGGUGAAGAAACGGAUGAUAUUGUUGGCCAGAACAACACGGUUGCUUUUGAUGAUGGAGCAUCCUCACCAAAAAAUAUAUUUAAAAAAACCAUAAAUUAUUUUCCAAGAUACAAACUCAAUGAUACCAAAGGAUCUGUCAUAUCGACUGAUGAGAGACUGGAUUGGCCUCAAAUGAUAAUGUUGUCAUUACAACAUUUCUUUUCUUUGGCUGGUGGUACUAUACUUGGACCUUUAUUAAUGGGUUUCUCUACCAAUACUGGAUUUCUUUUCAGUGGAAUUGGAACAUUAUUAUUUUAUUUAUGUACUGGUGGUAGAUUACCAUCAUUUUUAGGACCAUCAUUUGCUUUUAUUGGUGUAGUGAAUGCAGCAACUGGAUUUAAAUAUAUUCCAGGUGGAGCUGGUAACCAAAAUAUUCCAGUUGCAUUGGGUGGAUUCUUUGUUUGUGGUCUUAUUUAUUUGGCAAUAUCCAUCAUUGUUAUGUUUGCUGGUGCUGGUUGGUUAGAAGUAUUGACUCCUCCAGUUGUGACGGGAACCGUUAUUUUCUGUAUCGGUCUUAAUCUUUCUGGCUCUGCCAUUGCAGGUCUAGGUGGUGUCGAUGCCUAUAUAGCAUUUGCAACCGUUAUUGCCAUUUGUCUUUUAAUUUGCUAUGCUCCACCUACCAUUAAAAGAAUAGCUAUUCUAGUUGGUGGAUUGUUUGGUUACUUUUUACAUUUCUUCCUUGGACUUGGUGGUAUUGGACCUGGAAUUGAUUUUAGCAACGUUGAAAAAUCUGUUUGGUUUGAUGCACCUCCUCUUGCAACACCUGUUUUCGAAGGAGCUGCCAUCUCUCUCAUUGCACCCAUUGCCAUUAUCCUCGCCGCCGAAAAUAUCGGACAUGUUAGAGCUGUUGGAUCAAUGACCAAUCAGAAAUUGGAUCAUCUCUUGGGACGUGCUUUCUUUGGUGAUUCAUUAGCUACCAUUAUUGCUUCUGUUGGUGGUGGUAUGCCAACUACAACUUAUGCUGAAAAUAUUGGUGUUAUGAGUGUAACUAGAGUAUACUCUACUCUACCAUUUAUCGUUUGUUCAUUCUUUGCAAUCUUUUUAGGAUUUUUUUCAAAGUUUGGAGCUGUCAUUCAGACGAUUCCAACAUCUGUGUUUUCAGGAUUGUCCAUCAUCUUGUUUGGUAUGGUUGGAUUGACAGGUGCUAGAACAUGGAUUGAGGCACAAGUUGAUUUCAAAAAACCUCGUAAUCUUUUGACUGCUGGCAUCUGUAUUACUCUUGGGUGUGGAAUGAACAAUGGAACUAUGAUAUCUUGGGGUGUAGUUAAAAUCGAUGGAAUAGGAGUAUCAACACUUGGUAGUAUCCUACUUUAUCAAUUGUUACGUGAUGAUUGGAAAGAUAUAUUUACUAGUUUGUAUUGUAAAUUAAGAGGACGUAAAAUAUCACCAGACAUUGAAACCACAGACCAACUAUCCGAGUCCGAUACCACCAUCACCAUCAUCGGCAUGCCAACCGACGAUUCCGUUCCUCCUCCUACUACCCCUAUUACUAAAGAGGAUUUGCAAUCAAUCGAAUAA